GCAUCUAUCAAUAUUUCCGUGCAGAUUGGCUGUCUUGCUUCCAGCAGGAUUGUUCCACAGCGGAAUGAAACAGAACAGCUGGGCAGGAGGCGACACAAAAAAAAGGUCCGCCAACGCAUUCCCCUCCCCCCAAUUCGUCUCACGCCCAGACCUGCACAAAGCACCUACCCUGGCACGCCUGGGACGCCUGGUUGCGCUGUGGACGGGCACCUACGGAGCAUUUCCUAGGUACCCAUGCGGCGCUUUGCCCGGGAUUUGCAUACGGCGGCACCUCCUUCCCGUCUUCCGGAUCUACCCUCACUGCCGUACACGCUGGGGACGUCGCUCGGCGCAUAAAUGCUACAUGCACACUUGAGGUCUCCUUGAAACUCGUCUUCUAGAACCUUGCUUCACAAAGCUACCCCUAGCUGAGCUGAUUCGUCAACCUGUGCCUUGGCCAAUCGGACCGAGCUCGUUGAUGCUCUGACGCCCCCGAGAGCACUCGCACCAAAAUUUGCCUCGAGGGUAGCUUCAUCCGACGCGUUCCCACGCGACGGCGGGGCUCAGUGUGCUCAAGAUGGAAGAAGAGCCUGCAUCGGCCUUGACCAGCGAAGACUUGCACCCAGGCUACCUGGAACGCUCGAGGAAGGAGUUAUCAAAAAAGGUCGAACAGCUGAAGCGAGCGCUUGCAGAGGAGAAUGAGAAGUGUGCGGCCAUUUCACAAAAGAGCCAUGGGAAACAGAGGCAGGGCAAGUUUAUCAGUACCAGCAAGCAGUUACAACAAGUCGCCGUAGCAUAUCGAGAUGUUGCUGCAUUAGAGCCUUUUUUGCCCUUCCCUGACUCUGUUGUACCGGCACUCGUAGCCCUGCGUACUACAAAUUCGACUAUCGUUGAGUCGAAGAAAUACCUUGCUUUACAAAAACUGUCGCUCAAGGAUGCCCAGGACAAGCUAGAUGCCGAAAAGGCAAGUCUGUCGGACCAGACAGCCCUGACCAAAGCGCUGGAGAGACGAAUACAGUCUCUCCGUGACGAGGUCGAGUCAAGGACGACCAUGAGUCCCAAACAAAUCACCAGAGAGCGCAUCUCAGAGCUUAAACAGGACAUCAAAGCGACCGAUGCCGACACGUCCAAGCUACUCAGGGCCCUCAAAAAGUUCAUCGACGAGAGGUUAGCCUCGAUGAUUGCAGCCGAGCAGGGCGGAGGUCCUGUGGCCGGCGACAUGAUGGAGAUCGACUCGGAUGAUCUAGAAGCUGGCUUCAGCGCGAGGGGCAAGCGGAAGAAAUCCAAGCCAGAUGCUGCGACGGACAAGAGGCAGCGGAGGAUCGACGAUAUGUUUGAAGUUGGCCAAGACCGUCCAGGCAGGGACGAGGGCGAGAGUGACAAGAGGGUGGCAGCCAGGGAAGAGAUGCAAAGCCUUACGGAAGAACUGAUGAACAGCGUCAUGGAAGCUGAUGGGUCGAGUUCGGACGCGUACGUCAGUGUUUCCGAAGAGUCGGCGGCCGUGCGAUUGCUUGUUCGAUCGAAGGUUGCCGAAUUCCACCCAAGGGAUUCAAAGCGCCUGCGACUCGUGGACUUUGGCCGCGAAAUUGGCGAUUAGUCUUGAUUAGUCUUUGGAGGGUGUGGGCGGGAUGGAUGAUCUGGGCCAUCUUGCGUCGCCCUUCGUUUCGCUCCGCUGUCAAUCAAACUCGACAAUGUCGAUCAGUGCUAGUCAGACGGAACGCCUAGCAUGACAACAGGAGGUGUUUGACAAGCUGUAAUACAUAUAUUAUGCAGGCCGCUCAAACACCUCGGUGCUAAAUCUUCAUAUGUUAACGUUGAUGUCCAUGUCAACUACCUGCAUG